AUGGUAUUCUUUGAAACUAGUGGUCCAAAUGAAGCUAUGGUAGUUUCAGGUAUGUGCCAUACUAGGCCAUUAGUAAUUCCUGGUGGCAGAGUUUUCGUUUGGCCAAUCGUUCAACGCCUUCAACGAUUAUCGUUGAAUACGCUAACUCUGAACAUAGACACACCUAAUGUGUAUACUCGUCAAGGUGUAGCUAUAUCUGUAACUGGUGUUGCUCAAGUCAAAGUUCAGAGCACCAAUGAAGAAAUGUUACAGUCUGCUUGCCAACAAUUCUUGGGUAAAACAGAAACUGAAAUGAGGCGUAUUGCGCAAGAAACGUUGGAAGGCCAUCAGCGUGCUAUUAUGGGUACCAUGACUGUUGAGGAAAUUUACCAAGAUCGUAAAAAAUUUUCAAAAAGUGUAUUUGAUGUCGCGUCAUCCGAUCUUGUUAGCAUGGGAAUUAGUGUAGUAAGCUAUACGUUAAAAGAUAUUCGUGAUAGCGAAGGGUAUCUACUUGCUCUUGGUAUGGCUCGUACAGCACAAGUAAAGAGAGAUGCUAUGAUUGGUGAGGCAGAAGCGAAAAGAGAUUCUGGAAUCAAGGAAGCUAGAGCUGAACAGCAAAAAAUGGCAGCCCAGUACACUAAUGACAUUGAAGUGGCUAAAUCACAACGGGAUUUCCAAUUGAAAAAGGCUGCUUAUGAUAUUGAAGUCAAUACACGCAAGGCCGAAGCAGAUCUAUCUUACGAGUUGCAGGCCGCCAAAACAAAGCAGAGAAUAAAGGAGGAAGAGAUGCAAAUCAAGGUUGUUGAACGUGCACAACAGAUUCAAGUACAGGAACAGGAAAUCACUAGACGCGAACGAGAAUUAGAAGCCCAAGUUAAACAACCUGCUCUAGCAGAGAAAUAUAAACUAGAAAAAUUAGCUGAAGCCAACAAAAAGCGAGUUAUCCUCGAAGCUGAAGCUGCAGCUGAAGCCAUACGAGUUAAAGGUGAAGCAGAAGCAUUUGCGGUUGAAGCAAAAGCGAAAGCUGAGGCAGAACAAAUGGCAAAGAAAGCAGAUGCUUGGAAAGAAUACCAAGAGGCUGCUAUGGUCGAUAUGGUAUUGGAAACUAUGCCCAAGAUUGCUGCUGAAGUAGCAGCUCCAAUCUCACAAGCCCGUAAAAUUACUAUGGUCUCUGGCGGAGAUGGAGAGGUUGGCGCUAGUAAGAUAACCGGAGAAGUUUUGAAUAUUAUCCGACAAAUGCCGAAGGUAGUUGAAGACCUAACUGGUAUCGACAUUACCAAGGUGUGUACUUAUAGUUUUUUCAAUUGUGAUGAUUUAAUUCUAUAG